GGCGGAGUCACGCAGCGGACGCGCGCCGCCACAACCCGGCGCGCGCAUACACACACGAACAUCAAAAACAUUUGUUUCAUACAAACUUUUUCACCGGUGUGUUAUUAACUGUGUUUGACUGUUUUGUACGGAGGUUUGAGUGCACUUUGAGUGACUUGGGGACGUGAUAGGAUUUGGCGGGAGUCUGAAGGGAAAGUGGCAGGACAGAGGCGCGAGCGCGCCCUCUUUUACAUAAUCGUUGAUAACUGGAGCUUUCGUAAUUGUUGCGUGAUAACAGUGGAGUAGAAUAACGGUAGCCGUGCCUCCCAAAGAAUGAGGAAUAAGCAACGAUGCUGGAAACGCUGCUUUGGCCCCGACACACAGAAAUCAACAGGAUGACCUUCGCCUUGGCGCUGGUGGUGGUGUGGUGGGCGGUCGGCGUGCGCGCCGGCGAGCCGGUGUUUGACCCCAGCACCCUGAUGCGACUGGUCCUCGUCCCGGCAGACGUCCCCGUUGGCUCCGUCAUCUACCGCGUCCGCGCCUCCGACCCCGACUUCGAUUAUCCACUGCAUUUCGAACUUAUCGGUCAGAUGGGUCGCCUAGACAUUGGCGUGGAAACACUUCCUUGCACUCGCUACAACUCAGUGUGCCAAGCUAACAUCAUUCUGCUGAGGCGAUUAGAACCUGGUCGCUACGUAGACUUCAGGCUAUCAGUACGCAAUACCAGGGGGCGAAGCUCCCGGAUCGCAUGUUCUGUAACAGGGACUAAUGCUACAACGCCCAGGGACACCAUUUUUCCGCACCAACCUGGCAUUAUUCUGGUGCCUGAGGAUGCCAAACGCGGAACAGAUCUUGAGAUAGUGAUUGCAAGAAAAAACCCUGUGUCACCGAAGCCUUUGGAACUCGAACUUUGGGGGUCACCGCUCUUCGCUAUCCGGCAACGUCGCGUAUCAGCCGAGAACACUGAAGGAACCAUAUUCCUAGUUGGACCUCUUGACUUCGAAGCCCAAUCUAUGUACCAUUUGACACUACUAGCCGUGGAUCCCUACAUAGAAAUAGGCAAGGAUACGCGAAACAUAGCUGGCCUGGAAGUGGUAGUGGUCGUUCAAGAUGUACAGGACAUGCCACCAGUGUUCACCUCUGCCCCUCCAAUCACCCACCUCCCUCGUCAGGUGGCACCAGGAGACAUGGUGGUCAGGGUUAGGGCUGAAGAUGGGGACAAAGGAGCUCCCAGACAGAUCAGAUAUGGACUAGUGUCUGAAGGAAAUCCGUUUACGCCCUUCUUCAACAUCAAUGAAACUACUGAUUUAAAUUGA